AUGCUAGACUCUACAGUAUCAAAGGCUGCCAUAGGCCAGGCUCUUCCAGCACCAAAGGCUGCCAUAGGCCAGGCUCUUCCAGCACCAAAGGCUGCCAUAGGCCAGGCUCUUCCAGCACCAAAGACUGCCCUAGGCCAGGCUGUUCCAGCACCAAAGACUGCCAUAGGCCAGACUUUUACAGCAGUGUUAACACGGAUGUGGGUAUAAGCUGUUUAACACCUCAGCGAUGGAGUACCUUGGAGCAUUCACAGCCAACAUCAAUUAGCCUAACCUCUGGGGCUCAAACAGGCUAAUUAGCACACUGCAUUAGCAGGAGCAUUUAGGAACUAAUUUAUACCUUGAUAUACCUUUAGCAUCAUAUCCUCCACAACACAACACUGACUGGCAAUUACAGCUGUCUCUCAAACAGACACUAUGCUUAGGAGAGAGAGUUUGGGAUUUUUUGGUCAUUUAGCAGACGCUCUUAUCCAGAGCGACUUACAGGAGCAAUUAAGGUUAAGCACCUUGCUCAAGGGCACAUGAACAGCUUUUUCACCUAGUCGGCUUGGGGAUUCUAACCAGCGACCUUUCGGUUACUGGCCCAACGCUCUUAAUCGACUGGCAAAUGUGGUGAGAACUAGCCACUUAUGCUAUCGCUAACAUGAUUAAAAGGGUGCUACUGUUAGCAUUUAGCAGGCUAGUGUUCUCUAGAUAGCAGCCCUUUGAGGUUGUGUAGAGGCUCUUUGUCUACUCUCUGAGAGGCUUUGACACUGUAUGCAGAUUUUACUUAUUUCCCUCUUCUCCGUUGGAGUUGCAUCACUCAGCUGAAACAUUCCUGUAACGUUACCUAGUGAAGGACUCAUCGCUCAUCAUCCCAAAGGACAGCGCUUAAGUAUUCAGUUUAAUUCAAAUGUGCAACCAAGAGACCCGCUCAGAAUACAUGAAUAUAACUGAUUCAGGGUCAGCUUGUCCUUAAUCGACCGUUCUGUUCUGAUUCUUUAUGAGACGUUGAGGUGUUCAAAGUAUGAUCCUUUUGUUAAAGGGAUACUUCGGAAUUUUGGCAAUUAGGCCCUUUAUCUACUUCCUCAGAGUCGAGAUGACUUGCAAAACUACCUCUAACUUCCUUCAUAAUAGACACAGAUACAUAAAAAUGGUAUCCACGAGUUCAUCUGACUCAUUAAACAAAAUCCCAAAGUAUCCCUUUAAUGUACUGUCAUGGUGUACAUGGUGUAUUUAUGAACUGGACACACAGUUCAUAAAAAGGGCCAUAAUGCUUACCCUGCUCGUCUCUCCUGUAUGCAGGUAUACACAGUUUCUUAGUGAGUUCCCUGAUUCUAACUGUGCUCCUCCCCUCUCCUCUCCGGUAGGUACAACCAGGCAGCCCAAGGAAGGAGAGGUCCCGGGGGUGGACUACAACUUUGUGACUGUUGACCGGUUUAUGGAAUUGGAGAAAAGUGGAGCCUUACUAGAGAGCGGAACUUAUGAAGGUAAAAGCAAGCUUUUCGCUUUUUGGGGAUUGUAUCGUGUGGGUUUUUUUUGGUGGUCUUUUCUGAUUUUGUUCAAUUGCUUGUUGGAAUAAUUGUAUUAUGUAGCUGUUUGUUUAUAUUUCCUUUACCAUCCUUCCAAUCUCUGACAGAGAAGAAUGAGUUGUGUGCUUUUAGACAGCUCUCAGAUAUCAAUACAUAGCUUACAGAAAAGCUGUUUUAAUCAGAGUAGAGAAAACUCACUCUCGGGCACACACCCCACAACACCACUCCACCUCUCCACUCUGCUAUCUCCUCCAUGCUGGCUCUCAUCUGAGCCCUAAUGGCUCCAGAAUAAACACGACUCACUCCAGUUUCUCUCCAUCUGCCCUGGUCUGUGUGGCUCUGUGCUGGGUGUACUAAACCACUGGCUUUCCACUUUGUCAGAUACAGGGGACUCCACCACACAGACAGAUAAUGCAUUAACUCCAUGUCAGCUCCCUCGCCGAGCCCUCCCGCUCAGCCUCGCGCCUGUCAUGGCAGAAAAAUAAAUUGCAGAUGGUCAAUUUAACGGUUGGUUGCCAGGAGCGAUGAUAGAUUCUCUCUCCGAGAGAGAGAGAGAGAGGCAGAGAGAGGCAGAUAGAGAGAGAGGCAGAUGGGUCAGUGUGUCUCUUGGCUUUCAUUUAGAUAAUAGAAAGGUAUGCAACUCAUCUAGCAUUGUAGCAUACUACUGGAGAUUUUCUUCAGUUCAUGAGGAAUGUUUGAAGGUUUGAAGCAUGCGGUGCUGUUUUGUGCAUUUUAGAUUUGAGUUCCCUAAAAGUCUGACUGAACAUGCUUUUAGAUUUUAGGCAGCAGCAGGGUAAAAUAGUCUGUGGUCAUUGGUUUUAAGCCUUUCCGUUCAAUUUUACAGCAAUGUUCUCUCAUUUUCAUUUCAGUCACAGGGCCUUUUUCUAACCACAGCAAAUAUCUGAGAUACAAACCAACAUAGGAUUUUCCAGCUACUAUUUUCUCCAUGGUCCUACAACUCUCUGCAGCAUACGUGUUGUUGGGGUUAAUCAUGUUAAUACUUAAUCCCCAGGAUUUGAAUAAUCUCAUUGGAUUUUCAACAUAUCUUUGGGUGUCUGGUUUCUCUUCUAGAAGUACUGAAGCACCACUGAGAAGUGCAGGGUAAUCUCACUCUCAUAGAAACCCUCUCUACCUACAGGACCUAAUCUCCAGUGGAGAGGCAGUGCCUUGGAGCCUGCUCUCAAGGGAACUAGGUUCCAUUGCUGUGGCAACAUCAUAUCUCCCCCAGUCCAUUUCACACCGUGUUUACAGAGAGUAGAGCCCAAACACUUCAUCAGAUCUCACAUCAGCUAAACAAAGACAUCCGCUGUCUCAGGACUUUGCCAGGUAUCUCUGGGCUUAAAGCUGUAGCAAGGGAUGUUUGUGUGCGUGCGAGCGCGUGUGUGUGUGGAGGAAAUCUUGCAGCUAGCAGACUCAGGGGCUGGAGGAUCAGAGUGGGCGAUGUGUGAAAGCGUCAGCGAGGAGGAGCCCAGGGGAGCAAGCUUAGAACAACCCCAGAAACGCUUUGCAUGCUGGGAGUUGGCAACUCCGCCCUGGGGAGACAGACGGGAUGACCACACAGAGCCCAGAGAGAGAGACAGGGUUCUUCUUUAUUUAAUUACAAACCACACACACACUCACUCAAUCACUAGGAAUCUGUGCAUGGUUUAGUGAUUGAUUGAUGUGCGGUGGAUAACACUAAUGUGUCAGCAGACACAAAAGCGCUAACAAGUGAUGUUAGUGAAAAUGCCUGGGGUGUGGGCCAGACAGUGUCAAGCUUUAGUUACCAAUAUGAAGUCUUGUGGGUGGCUGUGUUUGUAAGUGUAUGUGUUCUGGUUCUGGAGUGUUUGAAUGUGUUUGAGUACCUCCCCUUGACGUGCCUUGAGACUUACGUGUGAGCUUUUAAGAAGUAUAUGAACUUUAACUCCCAGCGUGUGUGCGUUCAGUGUUCAUGGAUCACCUGGUUUUAGACAACAGAACAGGACAUCAACUGACCUUCCACUUCCUGGUCCUGGUCCAAUUGGGUUAUGUAAUAAUGACAUCAUCUUCCCGCAUGACUUUCUCACUUGCUCUCUCCCUUUCAAUAUUUCAUUGUACAAUAUAUUUCCCUUUAAAUAGACAGUUUAAUUUAAUGUUCCGAUUGUGCCUGUGUUGUCUCCUGUGAUCCCUACUUUAGCGCUUGAAUAUUAACUUGUAACAAGAGAAAAGAAAGAGGGGAGAAAAACAUCCAAGCAAAUAUUUUUAUAGACGCAUCAUCAAAGGCAAACAAAAUGUGUCCAAAACUCAGGCAUGUUGCAUAUUAAGCAGGUUUGUGCUCACUCAUGUGACUUGAGGUUCAACUCCUGAAUGUGUGUAUCGGUCCUCUGGUACAGAUAACUAUUAUGAAAAGAUAGCAAAAAUGCUCUAAAUUGCUCAUAUAUCACUUUUAAUAAUGACAACGUUUCAAUCUGAGGUGAAACUUCCUCAGGUCAUUUUCGAUCCAAGCAUUGUAGCUAUUAAAGUGGAUGCACUGUAGGAGCAAUAGCCUAGGCUUUAGAUCAGCAGACUAACACAGUCUCAUGGGGAGACCUGGGUUAAAACCUCAGUCUGUCACAUUGGCCAUUUUGAUUCUUUAACCUCACCCACCAGCACCUAAGUAUAAAUUAUGUGUGUAUGACUGACUAAGUAUAUAAAAUGAUCAUUAAUAUCAAGUAUCCCUUCCUUCCUUCUCCAGAGAACUAUUACGGCACCCCUAAGCCCCCGUGCGAGCCCAGCCCUCUGCUGCUAAAUGUAACAGAUCAGCUCCUGCCGGGCGCCCGACCCAGCUCCAAGGGGAAGAGGAAACGGAACAAGUCGGUCAGCAACAUGGAGAAGGCCGGCAUCGAGCCACCCGAGGAUGAGGAGGAAGAGAGGCCCGUUGUCAAUGGCAACGGCAAUGGCAUCACCCCAGGUUUGGUUCCAACGCAGACAUAGUGUUGAUGUGCAACAAUAGAUCCUCGUCAUGACAACAAGGUCACCGCCGAAACAAGAUAGCAACGACCCGUGGGAUUUGAUCAGACAACAUAGCAACAGUCUAUCGUCUAGGUUACAUCGUAGCAACCAGCUCUCAGUCAGGGCAAUACAAUAACAUAAUAAAGGAUGGAUACAUGUCCCUACUGCCUACAGGGAGCUCUUCCCAUGCCAAAGCUGCUCAGAUCAUCAUCAUCCUAAUCAUCAUAGAAUCUAAAUUAAAAACAGUUUUAAUGCCUAUAAAAAGCAUGGGUACGUCCCUCAAGCAGACUGUCCCAUGUAGCAGAACUAUAGACGGUUAGGACUGAUAGUGUUCAGAGACAACAGCCUUACACUGUAUCCCAUCUCAUCCCAUCUCCCAGUCAUUAGAUCAGAUCACAGUACAGUUAGUCUACGUCACAUAGACAGAGGCUAGACCCCCCCCCCCCCCCCCCCUGCACCGAUACAGAGAAACAUCGCCUGGAGGCUCUGAUCAAAUCAAGCGUGGGAUUCCACUAAGCAGAUUUACUGGAUCAAUGCAAGCCACAUCACAGUCAUUACUCUCAACUAUGAGCAAAGAUGCUGGCUGUCUAACUUAAUAUAAGGAUGAAGAAACCCUAUGUAUGCCAUGAAACAAAAUAGUAUCAUUCAUUUUGUUAUGACGUUUGUUAAUGUAAAAAUAAAUGACACUGUUACGGUAGUUUCUUAGUAAAACCUUUUGAGACCUUUAGAAAAUGGCUUUACAUUAUAAAUGCAAUCCAUUAUUAUUGAUCAACCUAUUAAUUGUACUGUAUGUUCUGGUCAGGUAAACCCUAUAACUGCCCUUGAGCUAUAGGUCUGGAGUAGUCUCAUGUUCUGGUCAGGUAAACCCUAUAACUGCCCUUGAGCUAUAGGACUGGAGUAGUCUCAUGUUGCUGUACUUUCUCACAGUAGCUCUGCUACUCAUUGGGCUAUGUGAACAAAGCUAAGAAAUGUUCGAUGUUGAGUCUUCAGCCUAGAGCUGCAGUCCACAGGUGUAGUUUUCUGUUACUGAGUGUAUGGACAGUGCAUAGAUAGGUAGAGAGAGAGAGAGAGAGAGAGAGAGAGAAUCGAUAGAGCAGGCAGUGUGAUGUGAGCAGAUAGCUCAUAGAUUAACUCUCCCUCCCUACCUCUGCCGGCUGCUGCUCUGGCUGUCCUCUGGGAUGGCCCAACCAAGAGCCACAACUCAAACUAGGACACAUCAUCAGCUCCUCCACUCUCUCUCUCUCAAUCUUCUCUGCCUCCCACCUCUAUCACUGCUCUCUCUGUCUAUUUCCCUCUCUCUUUCAAUCACUUUCCAUCUCUCUCUACUCGGUAUCCUUACUCUUUCUCUCUAUCUAUCUAUCUCUCUAUUUAUGUCCCUGGGUAAUUGCCACCCUCUCCCUAUUUGAAAUCCUCUCCAUCUUUCUUUUUAUCCCGUUCCAUCUCUUUUUCCUUGGCACUCAAUCACGCUGCAUCCUCUUCCCUUCCCUCCUCCUCUCGUCCCUCCUCGUCCCUCCCCUCCUCCUCUCUUCCCUCCUCUUCCCUUCCCUCUCCUCGUCUUCCCAUCCUGCUCUCUCUCCAGCCUCCUCUCUAUCCCCGCUCGUACGUUCCCUCUCUACCUUGACCGUCCUCCUCUCAUUGCCCCUCGGUUCCCUUCCAGCCUCACUUCCCUUCCUCCUCUCUCUUCCCUCCUCCUCUCUUCCCACUCUUCCCUUCCCUCCUCCUCCCUCUCCCUCACUCACCCUCUCUUCCUCCCUCCCUCUUCCCUUCCCUCCUCCUUCCCCCUCCCCUCCCUCCCUCCCUCUCUUCCCUCCUCCUCUCCUGUCCUCUCCCUCCUCCUCUUCUCUCCUCCUCUCCUCCCUCCUCCUCUUCCCCCCUCUCUCUCCUUUCCUUCCUCCUCCCCCUUCCCUCCUCCGCUCUCUCUCCUUUCCCCUCCCCUCCUCCUUCUCCUCCUCCUCUCUUCCUCCCUUUCCUCCAUAUAGUCCACUCUGACUUACCUUCUCUCUCUCUCCUCUCUACUCCCGAACAUUAACUGUACAGUUCCCAUAGUAAGUCAGCUCUGACUCACCUGUCAUUCUCUUCUCCUACUCAGAGUCCAGCGAACAUGAAGACAAGAGUACAGAUGUCUCCUCGGGGGAUGUCCCCCCCCAGACCUGUCCCUCCACCGAGACCCCCACCACCCCUAACAACGAAGGCCCCCAGGAGGAGGGGGGCGAGCUAGCCAAGUCACCCCCCAAGCCAGAUGAGAAUGAGAGUGAGCUAGGCCCUCUGCCAGACAACUGGGAGAUGGCCUACACAGAGAAGGGAGAGGUGUACUUUAUCGAGUAA